GGUCCUGCCUGGCGCGGGCCCCGCCCUUGCAGCGGACUGCGGUGCUCAGCCUUCUUGAGCAAUUGCUGGGGCUCACUCUGGGAGGGAGCCAGGUGAGCUGACCCGAAAGCAGGAUGCUCCAGCGACCCUCGGAUCCGCGACGCUCUCUUGCUAGGCCCAAGUCCACCUGAGCAGCCGAGAUUGGAAAAGCGGUGCAUGGCGAGAUAUGGGAGGGAGAGCCAAGGCCAGCGAGGAGUGAACCGGGUCAAGAGAAGGACGAUCGUUUGGGGGGGAAGGGGAAGGGCGCCUGUGCAUGUCUGUCUGUCUGUCUGUCUGUCUGUGGUCAUCUACUGUCAGUGCUGGCCUCUAUGCCCGCACAGAGACGAAGUGUUGCCAUAGGGUCUCUUCCUUUGGGUCUUGCUGAUUGUGUCUAUUUGUGCCGGUGUCUUGGCCACUGUGGGCCAGUCUACAUCAGUGCAUGGUAAAUUAUUGCAGGAAUUGUUAGGCCUACAUGGCUGGUACUCUUCUCUCAGCAGCCUGGAGGCCGGUCCCUGAUCACCAUGGAAUUGCCUCUAAGCCAAGCUACCCUCCGGCACACACUGCUGCUCCUUCCUGCCCUCUUAAGUUCAGUGCCUCCCAGCGGCUGCCUGCUGUGUUCCAGGUCAAGGGGAGCUGGCGCCGCAAAUUGAUGGUCAGACCUGGGCUGAGAGAGCGCUUAGGGAGAAUGAGCACCAUGCCUUCACCUGUCGGGUUGCAGGAGGUUCUGCCACUCCCCGAUUAGCCUGGUACCUGGAUGGACAGCUACAGGAGGCCACCACCUCCCGACUGCUGAGUGUGGGUGGGGACGCCUUCUCUGGAGGAACCAGCACUUUCACUGUUACUGCCCAGCGCUCCCAACAUGAGCUUAACUGCUCCCUGCAGGACCCAGGGAGUGGCCGGCCAGCCAAUGCCUCUGUCAUCCUCAAUGUGCAAUAUUAUUCUCUGCUCUGCUCUAGUCAAACCAGAGAUUGCCCAGGUUGGAGCCAAAUACCAGGAAGCUCAGGGCCCAGGCCUUCUGGUUGUCCUGUUUGCCCUGGUGCGGGCCAACCCACCUGCCAAUGUCACCUGGAUUGACCAGGAUGGGCCAGUGACUGUCAAUGCCUCUGACUUCCUGGUGCUGGAUGCUCAGAACUAUCCCUGGCUCACCAACCACACUGUGCAGCUGCAGCUCCGGAGCUUGGCACACAACCUCUCGGUGGUGGCCACCAAUGACGUGGGUGUCACUAGCGCUUCCCUUCCAGCUCCAGGGCUCCUGGCCACACGGAUAGAAGUGCCACUGCUGGGCAUCGUUGUGGCUGGAGGACUUGCCUUGGGCACUCUAGUGGGGUUCAGUACCUUGGUGGCCUGCCUGGUCUGCAGGAAAGAGAAGAAAACAAAAGGCCCCUCCCGGCGUCCUUCUCUGAUAUCUAGUGACUCCAAUAACCUGAAACUGAAUAAUGUGCGCCUGCCACGGGAGAACAUGUCCCUCCCAUCCAACCUUCAGCUCAAUGACCUCACUCCAGAUCUCAGAGGGAAAGCAACAGAGCGGCCAAUGGCUCAGCAUAGCAGCCGUCCAGAGCUUCUAGAAGCCGAGCCUGGUGGCCUCCUCACCAGCCGAGGUUUCAUCCGUCUCCCGAUGUUGGGCUACAUCUACCGUGUGUCCAGUGUAAGCAGUGAUGAGAUUUGGCUCUGAGCUUGAUGGUGAGGCAUGAGGCCCAGGUGGCCUGUGGACUCCCCAGAGUGCCCACCCUGGUGUCUCCUUCAAGCUUUCCUCUGCCUGUCCCUGUUGUGACCAUGAAGAAACCAUGUCACUGCCAUCUGGCCUGCCUGGCAAGGAUACCCUGUGGGUCAUGCAUGUGUAUUUCUUUGCACUCUAACCUGCAAGGCAUGGGUACCCUUGGCAGACCCCUGGUCGGAACUAGCCCCUUGCACUCACUGAGUUUGGGGCCCUGCAUGUGAUAACCUGGUCCAGGCACACAGAACCCUGGCCAGGUGCGUUCAGGUGUCACCCAACAUCUAAGAGAUGGGCCUAUUAUAUGUCCUACCUUAGUAUCCUCUGCACCUUGUGCACAUAGGCAGAGAGAUGCCUAUGUGGGGGACAGGAGGGUCCCUGCACAACUCAGAUGUCCUUCCUAUGCUAUGCAGCUUUGUUCCCUCAGGGAAAACUUAGCCCCUGCUCUAUGUAUACAACCAAACUGCCCUUUGCUCAGGAACCAGCCCCUUGCCCAGGGACCUGGCCAAGCACAAAUAAGUCCCUUUUGCUGCAUAUCUUUCUACCCUUUUGUCCCCACCUCCUCUUGGGUAUCAUCGGUCAUACCCUAGACCUUCUUCACUGGGCAUUAGACCCCCCAUUGGUUGGGGCCUGCAGGUGCCAGCUUUUGAUGUUAGCACAAGAUGAGCAAGAAGAGGUGACCGGUGGGCUGGCUCCCAGGACGACAUGUAGCUCUGCAUCGUUUUGUACAAGUGUCUGCAUUUUAAGCACAUUCCCCGGAAGGGAGGAAGGCCCAGGGCCUUCCUGGGUUCCCCAUGUUCGGCCUUCCGCAAUUCACUGUGAGUGUUCUGAGCACUGAGGAUUGGUGGUUGCCCUCUCUGCAUGUCUCUCCCACCAUGCAGCCUCAUUCUCCACCGAGCCUGGCUGCCCCAUCCUAUUCUUUAGGGGAUGGUCACAGUUGGGUAUAUAAUCCAACAGGGCCAGAAGCUUUAGGGGGGACAGAGAAAGCAGGAGCCCACUGAGCUCCGAAGAGCUAAUACUUUUUAAAAAGCAACCUGAAAACGACUGGCGACCAUCAGAGUGCGGCGUCUAUUCUCCCUUCUUCGUAUCUUGUUUUGUAAUUUUUCUCAUGUUACUGGUUAGGGCAGUUGCUACACACACAGUAAACUCCUUUGACCAAAGAAA